AUGUGCCCGGUGGGCUGCUUGUGUCGGCGCAGCACUUGAGAAAAGAGCCUUUGCAGACUCCGCUGCAUGGCAUUGGCCAGCUUCAUUCACAAACCUCAUAUUAUCUGUCUCUCUUUAAAUAUAUAUUUUUUAAACGUAUGUAUUAGUAAGUGCACGUUUCGAAGGGGUGUACAGCAGUUGGAGGAGCAGCUCCACACUGUCUUAGCCUAGUAGCCUGUGCCAAUGAGACACUGAACCGGACUGGUUAGGUUUUGAUAUUAAGUUUAGAUAAGUCUCUUUUUCUUUUAACAAAUAAAAGAGUUCGCUUCUGCAUCCUAACAUGGAGUCCCUUGGAUCCGUUGGCGCUGUUGUUGGGUGCUCUGCGUGUGUCGCUCUGGGUGGACUUGUGUUUGCAGCAUACAAACUUGGCUUGGUGUACCAGUUGUUUCACAAGACUGAGACAAAGAGUCCACGACACGGUGGAGAGAGUGUGGCAGAGGUCCUGCGCGCCCACGGGGUCAAGUACCUCUUCACCCUGGUGGGAGGACACAUCUCGCCUAUCUUGGUGGCUUGCGAGAAGGUGGGCAUCCGCAUAGUGGACACCAGACACGAGGCCACCGCUGUCUUCGCCGCCGAUGCUGUGGCAAGGCUCUCAGGUACUGUUGGUGUAGCAGCAGUGACAGCUGGCCCGGGCCUCACUAACACAGUGACGGCAGUGAAGAACGCUCAGAUGGCUGAAUCUCCGUUGCUGCUCUUGGGGGGAGCUGCUGGUACACUGCUCCAGGGCAGAGGAGCACUGCAGGACAUCGACCAGAUGUCUCUCUUCAAGCCGCUGUGUAAGUUUUGUGCCUCCAUCAGGACCAUCAGGGAGAUUGUGCCUACGGUCAGGAAGGCCCUGGCCAUCGCUCAGUCGGGAACGCCUGGUCCAGUUUUCAUAGAGUUUCCCAUUGACACACUCUACCCCUACCACCUGGUGUCCAAAGAGUUUGGUGUAAAGAACCCUCCCAAAGGCCUGAUGGGAAAAAUUGUGUCAUGGUACCUCCAGAACCACCUCAUGAACCUUUUUGCUGGAGCCUGGGAGACCAGAGAUGUGUCUCCGCUUCCUGUUCACAUCCCUCAAGCCAGAGAUGAUGAGCUACAAAAGUGCAUAGAGCUGGUGAGUCGAGCCAAGAAACCUGUUAUUCUGCUGGGCAGCCAAGCAACACUACCCCCAACACCAGCCGAUGACAUCAGGAAGGCUUUGGAGGAUCUGGGUAUCCCCUGCUUUCUUGGGGGCAUGUCCCGUGGCAUGCUGGGUAAAGACAGCCCCAUCCACAUCAGACAGAACAGACGAGACGCUCUGAAGGAGGCGGAUUUGGUGCUCUUAGCAGGAACUGUGUGUGACUUUCGGCUGAGCUAUGGCAGAGUUCUCAACAGACGCAGCAAGAUCAUCGCUGUCAACAGAGACAAGACACAGCUUCUGAAAAACUCAGACAUGUUCUGGAAACCAACUAUAGCAAUUCAGGGUGAUGCCGGAUCAUUCUUAGUACGGCUUUCCAAAGGACUCACAGGCCAUCGUUGUCCUCAGGAAUGGCCUCAGAGCCUCAAAGCUGGAGAUGUGACCAAAGAAAAUGUAAACAGGGUUAAAGCAAAUGAGAAGACCGAACACCACUUAAAUCCCUUGAAAGUCCUCCACUGUGUGGAUGAGCUGAUGGCUGAAGACAGCAUCAUUGUUGCUGAUGGGGGAGAUUUUGUAGGCAGUGCUGCUUACAUCAUGAGACCAAGAGGACCUAUGCGGUGGCUAGAUCCAGGAGCCUUCGGGACUCUGGGAGUUGGAGGAGGUUUUGCGCUUGGUGCAAAACUUUGUCGGCCUGAAUCUGAGGUGUGGAUAAUCUAUGGGGACGGCUCCUUGGGAUACACUGUUGCGGAGUUUGACACGUUUACUAGACACAAGACACCAGUUAUAGCAGUGGUGGGAAACGAUGCAUGUUGGAGUCAGAUAUCCAGAGAGCAGGUUCCCAUCCUUGGCAGCAACGUGGCAUGUGGCCUUGCAUUUACAGAUUAUCACACAGUGGCAGACGGUUAUGGCGGCAAGGGCUACCUUGUAGGGCGUGAAGACGAGGACAGGCUCAGCGACAUCAUCAAACAGGCUCAGAGGGAGACUCAGGAGGGCAAGGCUACUCUUCUCAAUGUUCUGAUAGGGAAGACCAACUUUAGAGAAGGCUCUAUAUCUGUAUAGAGCAAGUGUGCAUUUACAGUCCCACUGUUUUCUUUUUCCUUUAACUUUGGCCUAAUUGUCAGGCUUUCACUAUCAGAUCAUUCUGUGAAGGAUUUCACCAAAUAAGAGAAUACGGUUUAGUUCAGCCCUGACCCGAACUCUACUAAUCCUUUGUGCCCUUAAAGCCAUAUUUCAUUUUGGUUAGAGAAAUCACUCAACAAUAUGCUGACCACACAGAACACUUAAUGGGCCGCUUGUUUUUCUUCAUCAGGUGCGUAAAAUAAUACCAAUAACUCAUAACCACCAGUUUAUUACUGUGUGUUUGUUUUAGUUUCUAGCCUCAAAUCUGCCAGCCUACAAUCGAAAGCUUUCGCUGUGCUUCAUGCUACUUUCAGGUUCAUGUCGUGCUACUUCAAAGAAUAACUGCUGCAUUUAAAAAGCGGAAAGAGCGUGUAGUGGGGAACUUGUGCUUUGUUUUGGGUUCUAUCCGCAGGGGUUCAUUUUUGAUUUUUAAACAGCCUAUGACAACUGUUGCUAAUAAACCAGGGACUGGAAUCAUUCAUGAGAGCGUGCGUUGGUUUAAGUUCUGUGACCAGUAUGCCUUUUCUCUUGUUCUGACAUGAACUCAGAGCCUUUUCACGCGGAUGCAGGAAAUCUUAGAGCUGUAAUAUUCUUAAUCACUCGAUAAAUUGGGUUUAAAUGAUUUGGGAUCUUUUUGAAUGUUGAAGAACAACAAACAGUAUGCCUUUAAAUGUUUGAUUGUAUCUCCAAAUACAAUGACAUGUAUGGAUUGAAAACGUGUCUGCUGAUUCUGUUAUAUAUUUAAAUUAUAUUUAAUACUAACUUGUAUGCAGUGAUAUGGGGUAUCAUUUAAAAUAUGCCUAUACACAAUAUGUAUUGCACUAUGAUUAUAACGUAUCUACUCGCCAGGAGAACACACUUGGAUCCUUUCACUGCACUGUAUAUUUACGGUUCUGUUUGGUACUUUGGGGAGGUAUGUCAAUAUUUUGAUCAAAGAAAUGGUGAGUAGGAUUAAUUCUCAAAUAAACUGGAAAAACAA